GAAGAAGAAGAAGAAGAGGAAGCAUAUCCCUCUUCGUUGUUGUAGUUGCAUGGGUAAAAGAUCGAUCAGGGAGGCGAUGCGGGCGUUGCCGGAGAAGCCACUGUUCGCCGCGGCCGCGGGGGCUACCCUCGUCGCCAGCGCGCUCCUCGUCUCCAGCUUCCUCGACCGCGGCCUCCACUGCUCGCUCAAUCCUGGCUUCUCCCGCUCGGCCGACGCCACGUCCGAACUCGCCAAGGCCCUCCUCUACUACGCCACCACCACGGUGGUGCCGCAGCAGUCCAGAGACGAGAUCCGGCUGUCCUUCGACGUGCUCCGACGGCGCUCCCCCUGCAACUUCCUGGUCUUCGGCCUGGGACGGGACUCCCAGAUGUGGGCGGCCCUGAACCCCGGAGGCACCACCAUCUUCCUCGAGGAGGAUCCGCAGUGGUACGCGGCGGUAAAGAAGGACUCGCCCGAGCUGCGGGCGCACCACGUCAAGUAUCGCACCCAGCUGUCGCAAGCGGAGCAGCUUCUGCGGGGUUACCGCAAGAACGCGGAGUGCCGGCCCGGCCGGGUGGACGGGGUGGAGGGCCUGCAACACAACGGCGGGUGCCCGCUGGCGCUGGUGGGGCUGCCGGGGGAGGUGUACGAGCGGGAAUGGGACGUGCUGAUGAUCGACGCGCCCAAGGGGUACUUCCCUGAGGCACCGGGGCGGAUGGCGGCGAUCUACUCGGCGGCUGUUAUGGCACGGGGGCGGCGCGGGGAGGGGGAGACGGACGUGUUCCUCCACGACGUGGACCGUCGGGUGGAGAAGUCGUUCGCCAUGGAGUUCCUCUGCGAGAAGUACCGGGUGGGCGGCACGGGGCGGCUGUGGCACUUCAAGAUCCCGCCGGCCAACGACACGUCCGCCAUUGCCGCCGACACCUUCUGUUGAUCUCUCUUUCUCCUCAUCUUUCGCCUUCUUCUAUAUUAAUGUUGCCGUUGUAGUAGUAGUACCGCGUGCGCCUUUCUUGAAGCCGGAAGGGGAUGAUUGCUUGCUUUAAGAUUCACAAACUUUCUCCGAUCGGACGGACGGGUAUCGUUCGCAGGCGACUUCUUACAGUGUUGGAUGUUGAAUUAGGAGGUUGAAUAGGUCAUUUAGUGGCAUUAUUUUUCUUUAUUUUUUCCCCUUAAUUUGUCUUGAACAUGGUUUAAUCUUAUGAAUAAUAUAUUUAUAAAUUUA